AUGCCUCCUAAACGGUCGUCGAAGGUCACUGCUGAGGUCACGCUCCCGGACGACCUCCUAAUGGAUCCGUUCACCACGCCGGCUCCUGUUGUGGAUGGGGCUGAGAAGCAAGGCUCAAACGAUGCGGUUACUGUUAAUGCAGUCACAGACAAUGCUGCGAAGCCCGUCAAGGAAUCGGCUAAUACUACUGCUGCUGACGUCGCUGGUGGUUCUGGACUAUCAGUGGAAGAGAAGUUUCAAGACAACCAGGCUCCUGUUGCUGUGCUUGACGAGUUCCUGGAGGAUGAUGAGGAUGAAGAGCUGGAGAUCGACAUUGCCAAGGAAGAUGCUUUUCGUCUUCGUUAUACAACAAUCUUACUCAUUCCGAUGGUGCUUUCUCAGGAGAUUAAGGCCAUUAUUGCUGCAGUGCGUCUUCUGAUGACCAAGGUCUGGAGCUCUUCUCUAACCGAGAACGCUGGGGUGACGGCUAACAUACAGGAGAUGAUACCUGGCUUCGUCGCGAAGACACGAUUCUGCCGGCUUCAAAUCUCCUUCCUCGACGAACGGGAUGCACAUCACAUCAAGUUUCAUGUUUUUGAGUACCAGAAGGAGAAUGCUCCGGCGAUCAAGUGCAUCUGGCAGCACACAGAGAACGCCUCGUACCUUAAGGAGAAAGCUACUCGUCCCCUUGCUAUUGAAGUGGUGUUCCGGCGCGUGCCUGCUAACAUUGUCCCGGAUGUUUUGAAGGACCUGCUUGUCCGUUUCAAACUGAAGAAGCGUCAGCAGUCGGCUUUCAAGGAAGGGUUUGGUUUCCAUCGGGUGGCUCACCCACUCACCGGAGCUGACACCGAUGUUAUCAAAGGCCUGGUCGUGCAGCAUCCUGGGGAUCGUUAUCGCUGGCGCCACAUGGUCGACAGCCCGAUGGGGUCCGGAGAAAAGCUCAUGACUUACCUUUCUCAUCUCUCACUGACGAUCUCUGUUGCGCUCGCAGCUGCUUCUCUGCGCACCUUCGCUCUCGUCACCCCCAUACUGAAAGAUCCAUCCAUCGCUCUUGUCUCGACCGGCAGCAACCGCGAAGAAUGGAUCUGCACGCAAGUGUGCUGCGGGAAGGCGAAAGGGAAAACUUUCCUGGCUGCGGCGGAUCACAUCAUCUCUUCGACUCACCUGCUGAACCAGGAGAAGAUGGGUACCGCCACAAAAGCCUCCAUGGACAAGGCUGCUCUUGCCGCCCUGGGCAGGCCUGGAAUUCGGAAAGUGGUAGAGGCUGCCUUGGUGAAAGCGGUUGAGGAUGGAGAUGGUAAUUUCGAGUUACUACUUGGGAGACUCAAUGCUGGUUUGCGUGCGUACACGAAGGAGGAGAACAAAAGAGUAAAGAAAACAACGGCUCAUCUGGCGGAGGUAGUGGCGGAGCUACAUCAGGAGCAGAUGCGCAACCCGAGCUGUCAAAAGACGAGUGAUCUGUUUCACGUCAGGGACGCGCAGCUGAGAGAGUACCAUGCAUCAAAACGGGACAGACUUCACGUGAUGACAGGGACGGAUGCGGAGUUAGCUGGGGAGGUCCCUUCGCCUUUCCUAUCGGCGAGAGUCAAGGUCAGAAAACAGAAGACACAGAUUGCAGAGCUGAAGGUGGGAGACGUCAAGAUUUCUGACUCACCCGGGAUUCUGACAGCCGCGACGAAGUACUUCACGGACCUUUUCGGCACUGACGGUCGGACAUCAACAGAGCGAUGGAAACCGCUUGCUGGGAGAAAGUUGGAUGCAGAGACGGCGGCUGGGCUCGCAGCAGAUUGGACAGAAGAGGAGGUUAAACAGGCCUUCAAAGCGCUUGCAGACGGCAAAUCACCCGGGAAGGAUGGGCUCCCGAAAGAGCUGUUUGAAAGACACUGGGAUGUCCUCGGCAAGGAGUUCCUCCGUAUGGCGCAAUCCUUCUCGGUUUCAGCAACCAUUCCUGCAAGCAUCAAAGAAGCGAUUACUAUUCUGCUCCAUAAAAAGGGAGAGAAGGACAAUCUGGACAACUACCGUCCGAUCACACUUCUGAACUUCACGUACAAGGUGCUGGCGCGGGUGGUGGCGAACCGGAUGAAGAUGCACCUGCACAAGGUGAUCUCGGCGGAGCAGUACGGCUUUAUUCCCGGCAGGAGAAUCUCGGAGGCCAUCGGAGUGGUUGCUGAUGUUAUUGAGGCGGCGAAAAAGGGGAAUGAAGACUGGUACAUGCUGCUGGUAGACUUCCGCAAGGCCUUCGACUCGGUGUCUAGAAGUUUCCUUUUCACCAUCCUCAAGGAAAUGGGCUUCCCAGAGAGAUUCGUCGGCUGGGUGGAAGGUCUGCACAAAGACACAAGAACAAGGUUAUUAAUCAACGGUUGGCUGGGGGAAGCAGUGGAUGUUAAGUCGGGGGUGAGACAGGGCUGCCCACUCGCUCCGUACCUGUUUCUCUGUGCGGUGGAACCGCUGGCGCAAGAGGCAGAGCGUCGGAAGAUUGGUCUCUGCAACAAGGCAAACCAACGGUUAGCGUAUGUCGGAUACGCGGACGACACGACACUCUUUUUGGAUGGGAAAAGACAAAUCGCCAGGGCUGAGAAGCUGUUAGCCUGGUUUGCUGGACUGUCAGGGCUGCAGACGAACAAGGGCAAAUCGGUGAUCCUCCCGAUCGGCCACAACAUUGGGAGGAGACCGGGGACGCUGGGCGGCUUUAAAUGGGCCAAGGCGGACGAAGCGGAGAGAGUCAUGGGAGUCUGGGUCACCCCCUCUGGAAGCAGUGAGCCGACCUGGAAGCGGGCUUUUGAAAAAAUAAUAGUGGAGUUGAUUAAGUGGAAGGCGCUCUUCCUCACGAUUGCGGCGAGGGUUGUGAUUAUCAACUGCUACAUCACACCGAGAAUAGCAUACCAGGCGCAGGUCUAUCCCCCGUCAGAAGAGAUCUGGAAGAAGCUCGUUAAGCUGAUUCACAACUUCUUAACGGGGAACAAUGCAUCGGCUGAGAAAGGGUUUGUGCUGUGGAACUGGGGGCUGCUUACCACGCCGAAAGCCGACGGAGGUCUCGGAGCAUCCAGGCAGCAGCAGCAGCAGCAAUGCAGGGCCAGUCACCGGCAUGUGGUGGUGAGAGCAACAGCGGACGAGGAGGCCGCUACAGCCGCCGCUUCCGAAACCGCCCGCAUUAAAAGAGAAGAGGAGAAGUUUGCAGUGAUCAACACGGGCAAGUGGGAGUGCAAGUCGUGUGGGUACAUCUACGAUCAAUUCAAGGGCGACCCAGUUUAUCCCAUUGCUCCAGGUGUAUCCCUUAAGGAGCGCUCUGAGGACUGGCUCUGCCCCUCGUGUGGGUCGUCACCUUCUUCAUUCGGCAGCCUCAGCAAGGAGCUAGCCGGGUUCGCCCAGAACCAGGGCUAUGGGUUGGGAGGCAACUCACUGACAUCAUCCAAGAAGGACGAUAAGAAGCAAGACUGCAGCGCGUUUGGUGGGCUGGACUGGAGAGAAGUGGCCCGCCCUGCUCCUCCCAUGCUGGAUCUAUCUAAACCACGGGUGUACUAUUUCGCCCUUGCCAAUGCUUACAGCCUCAUGGACAAGGGUGCGUUGCUAGAGGAGGUGCUAGCAGACGGCAUCAGGAGAAGUCAAAGGGGUGGUCGCGCGCGUGAUGUGUGGAUGGUGAUGGAGCCCGUGUUCCUGGACCAUCCGUCCCUGGCAUCACUCAAGGCAGCCAUUCGCCCGCCCACUGCUGCAAUCGUCUCCACCAAUGGCGACUGGAUGCUCACCAUCGUGCACGAAAUGCUGCCGCAGGCUACCAUCGGCAAGUUCUACGCCCCAACACCACAACUGCCUGACCCGCUAAAGUCCAAGCUCACUCCAGGGGAUGUUGCCUUGGGUGGUGGGGGUAUCUGGCACUGA